AAAGGUAAAGAAAAGGGGAAGCCCCCAGGCCUAGACCACCUCCCAGCCCCGCUGAGCCUCGGGCCAGCCAGGCCGGCCCAACCCUGCACUCCCUCGGUCGCCUUUCUUCGCCACUGCUCACGCGACCGGGCGCCUGCGACCGAGCAGUCCCUGCCGGACCAGCUCGUCGGCGUCACCGCGGAGGCGAUAAGGAUGCCGCCCCCCUGCGGCGCCUCGGUCCCCUCCCCCACUUGCCACCUCGCUCCCCACUCCGUCCUCCACUCUCCCUCUCCCCAGAUCCCUUUCUCCCCUGCGCCCACCCGACGCGGCCGCUGCUGCCGCCUCGCCGUGACCAUGGCCGACGACCUCCCCGAGCCAAGCGAAGACAUCCAGGAGCAUCAUCGGCAUCUCCUGCGUCUACUACAGCCAGCAGUGCGAGCUGGGAGGCGUUGCUUCCCCGGAUCCUCGUCGUCUUCCACCUUCGGCACCGCCGCCGUCAUCGCCUCAUCGUCUCCGUGGCCAGCGUCGUCCCUUUCGUCCGAGCUUGCGCCAGGAGCUCCACCUGCCUCCCCUGCUUCCCCUACGCGGAUCCACUCGAGCUCGGAGCACCCACCUCGACCGAAUCGUCCGUCUUCCUCGACUACGGCCGCUGCGGCCAUCGCCGUCGAUCUGCACCACCGGCGCCUCCCGGCCUCGCCGAGCUCGUCCACGGCUUCCCUGGGAUGACGGAGUCCAGGAGCCAGAUGCCACCUUUGACGACUGCUACUACCACGAGGGCGCCUACUACCUCAUGAAGACCACGACGACCAGGAGUAGUUAGGAGGCUCCCAGGCAGGAGGCCUUGCCUUUUCGAUCAAGGUUGCUUUUGUGCUAGCCUUCUUAAGGCAAACUUGUUUAACUCAUGUCUAUACACAGAUAUUGUUGCUUCCGCUGACUCUUGUGUAUUCGAGCUUAUGUAUUCGAGCCCUCGAGGGCCCUGGCUUGUAAUAUAAAGCUUGUAUUAUUUUAACUUGUGUCUA